CUCAUAGUAGAGUGCCAGUCCUCAUGUUGUAUAGAUAUAAGUCAAAUGGUGAGAGAGAAAAAUAUUUUCACAGUGCAGACCGAGGUUAGGACAAUUGAACAAGAUUAGCACGAUCUCUCUAGUUGUGACGAGAUUGUAUACAGACUCCAUCACAUCCCAUUUUUAGAGUUGGAGAUUACGAUGGUGAUUCUGGCAUUGUUGUUGAGUGUCUUCUUGCCAGUUUACUCUCAGUCAGUUUCUACUUAUCUCUCAUUCCGGGGAGAGAAUCCUCUGCCCAACAAUUCCUAUGUGGAUAUUAGUCGGGUGGUAAAUCAGCUAAAUUACAGUGUGCAAUGUCACACCCAGUUCAGAAACUGCUGUAAUGCAGCACUAGGUGAACUUGGAAACUGGUUUUUCCCCAAUGGGGUAAGAUUAACAACCAUAGCGGGUAACAGUAUUUACCAGAGUCGUAGACGUCAGAGUGUUUACUUACUUCGCAAUGGGGUUCGUCACCUACUGGUAUGUAUUGCUGUGAUAUUCCAUACGACUUCUCAGCAGGAGAGAGGCUCUGUGUUGGACUAUACACUGGAAGAGGACUGAAUAUGAAACUUGCUGCUAUACAACUGACUGUGGACUCUGAUCUGAAUGACGCUCGUCCUCAGUUCACCCUCACCUGUAUCUCCACUGGUGGACCUGCUACCACUGUCACUUGGACCAGAGACACCACCACUGUCACACAAGGAUAUAUGACUGUGUUAGUCGACACAAGAACAGCCCAGUACAUCCACACUUUGACUGUGACUGGAAGAAUGCCAGGGCUUUACAACUGUAUUGUGAAAAACAACAAACCAUCAACUACAUCAAGAACUUUUACUGUAAAAGUUGCUUCAGUACCAACCAACCUUGCAUCAGUUGUAGCUGGAAAUGACUCCACUAAUAUCCAUUUGACCUGGACUCCUCCCACUCCACUGGCAGACACCACUGGGUACAUGAUCUCCUCCACUGGAGGAGGGAACAGUAGUAGUGUGGAUGUUAGUGGUGGCACCACUGACAACUACACACUGACUGGUCUUACGAGGGGAGAGAUGUACAACAUAUCCAUUGUGGGAAUAUCUGAACACUUCUUCAGUGAGAGUGUGGCAUGGGACACAGUCAAACUUCCAGAAAGAGAAGUAAUGAAUGAAAAAGAACAAGAAAAAGGAGGGAAAAGUAAUAGCGGAAAUGCUGGAUCAAUAGCUGCUGGAGUUUUGGUUCCUCUUAUAUUGGUAGCUGUCAUUGCUACACUUGUGGUUGUAACCCUAAUCUGGUUGAAGAGGAGGUGUAUCCAGGGACUCUUUGGUUCUCCAUCUGCAACCACUUCAACUACUAGUAAGACGGUCAACUUUGAGAGCUCUGCAUCAACCUCUACACCAAUUUAUGAUGAGGUGGAUACAUUGAGAGGGGUCAAAAGUUCACAGGAUAUUCAGCUAAUGUCAAAUGAAGCAUAUGCUCCAGUCAUUAAUACAUCAGCAAAUAGUGCUUAUGGACAAUUAGCCACACAUGUUAUUACACAGUAAUUUGUACUCCUCUAUGUUAGUGAGGAGAGGAUAAUUAUUAACUACCUAUAGCUACAUAUUGUUUGUUACAAUGAUCAUUGCGACUAAGUUGUCUAAGCUAGUUAAUUUGAGAUACGUGCUGACUGAUUGAAGGGUUGUGGAAAGGUGACAACUCCGAGUAUUGCGAUGAGCACAGUUAUCACCCUGAAGUGUGUGAUAAAGGAGAAUCAUUGAGACCUUGGAACAAGGCUAAGACGAGUUAGGUGGCAUCUUCUUUCUUAUUUUUAAAAAUGUCCAUACAUGCAUUUAAUUGGCUAUCCAGGGUCAAAGCCCUUCCCAUAUAAUUUCCAAUUAGCAUAAAGUUUUCAUAGUUUCAUACAGCUACUUAGUACUGAUUUUUGAGAUAAGUAAAGUUACAACUCUAGUUGUUUGUGCACUUUUUAGUUUCAUUCAUUCACUAUACUGAGAUGUUAUA